AUGUCACUGCAGGAUCAACCACAUCCUCCAACCUCUCCUGAUAAAUCCGAAACUGAAACCCCAGCAAAUGAAACCCCUGCUGGUGCAACCACCACCACCACCACGGAAAAUGGCGACGACUCAUCCUCCAAACGUCACAAACCAGGUCCAUCAGUCGGGUUUUUUGGGUCACGUCUUCAUAAUGUUGCAGCAUUUCUUCCAGCUAACUUUCGUCCACUUACAAUUGCCCAAAAUUUGAAGAAGACCGGUAUUGGUAGAUUUGAACAAGAAAAUGGAUUUGGAUUAACUAGUGUGAAAACGAUUCCAUUAAUUAAUCAAAAGAAUUAUUUUACGGAAUAUUUGAAGAAGGAUGAACAGGUUUCAUUUAUUAGAAAUUGGAGAACUGAACGUGCCUUACAACAAAAACUUAAGAAAUUGAAAGAACUGGGUGCUCAGAUUGAUGAGAAGAAAUUUGAAGAUAUUAAGAAUUUUGAUAAUUUCGAUUUGAACGAUAUUGAAACUGAGAUGAAUAAAGAGAAAGAGAAAGCCGCUGCUGCUGCUGCAGCUAGUGGGGGGACUGCGGGGACAGCUGCAGAUGCGGAUGAUGAUGAAGAAGAAGAUGAAGAAAAUGAAACAGAAGAAGUUCGACAAGAGAAGGCAAAAAUCGGUGGGGAUGUGGUUAUUUUACAACCAGGAUCGGGGUUUAUUCGGAUAGGUAAAGCCACCGAUGCAGUUCCCAUGACUGUACCCACUGUGAUUGCAGUUAAGAAAUCAACUCCUAAGCAUCAUGAUAAAUCAAAACCUCUUCCUGAGAGACACGAAAAUUCUGAUGGAGAUAUUUAUUUUAAUGAUGAGUUUGAUGAACAACGCGCAAUAGUUACAAAGGAUUUCCGAGCUCGUAUGAGAUAUUAUAAACGUAGAGUAUUACCCAAUUCCCGUGAAACUGCUGCCAAUUAUAAUAAAAAACAAGAACCAGAACGUAUUCCCGAUCAUAAUGAUCCAUAUAAAAAGGAAUGGAUAAAUAUUAAACAUUAUCCUAAUCGAACAUCUUUCGUAGGUGAAGAUGCAUUGAAAUUCCCCGUGGAUGAGAAUUGGAUUUUGAGAUAUCCAAUUAUAAAUGGGAAUUUUAAUGAAUAUUCAAAAGAUUAUGAUUCUCCUGAAGAAAUAUUAGGUGAUUUAACUACUAUUAUAUUAGAUUCCCUUGAUAAAUUACAAAUUAAGAAUUUGACACAUUUGAAAGUAAUGUUAGUGAUACCUGACUUAUAUGAUAAAGCGUAUGUUGAAACCUGGUGUCAUAUACUUUUUAAAUUCAUUGGAUUUGGAAGAGUUGGGAUAAUUCAAGAAGCAGUAGCUGCCACUUUCGGUGCCGGGGCUUCAUGUGCAUGUGUGGUUGAUGUCGGUGCUCAGACUACUAGUAUUAGUUGUGUUGAUGAAGGUAUGGUUAUUAGUGAUUCAAGAAUGUUGUUAAAUUAUGGAGGAGAUCAAAUUACUGAAACAUUUAUUAAAUUAUUAUUAGAGAAUUCAUUCCCCUAUAAGGAUAUUGAUUUAGUUAGUAGUUAUGAUUGGGAAUUGGCACAAACUUUAAAACAUAAUUUUAUUACUUUUCAAGAUGCAGAUAUCGCGGUUCAAAUAUAUAAUUUCUAUAAACGGAAACCAUUUGAAACCACUGAGAAAUAUGAAUUUAAAGUAUUUGAUGAAGUUAUGUUAGCCCCCAUGGGAUUAUUUUUCCCGCAAUUAUUUCAAUUGGAUAAACCAACAUCAAUUCCAAGUUUAUCUACCCUGACCAAACCACGAAACUCAAUAAUCAAAGGACGAUUAAUUAAACCUGCCGCUGAUCAGUAUUCAAGUAAACCAAAUAACCCUCAUAGUAAAUCACAAGAACAAUUACGUACCCAAUUCUUAAUAACACUAAACUGUCUUCUUCUAAAUAAUUACUCUAAUCAACUUCUUCUAACAAAACCACCAUUACAAUCACAAGAUAAUCUUGAUAAUAUCCCAUUGGAAAAAGCGAUUGUUGAAUCAAUUACCAAUGCCGGAUUGGCGCCGAAUUCCGAUUUGGGUAAGAUUAAGAAAUUAUAUGAUAAUAUAUUAGUAGUUGGAGGUGGAUUGGCGAAAAUUAGUGGAUAUGAUUUAAUGUUAACUGAUAGAAUCAAUAUUUGGAGACCAAAAUUCUUAUCUUCCACCGCAAUUGAUUCAAUUAUUGAAUAUGUUCAACAGGAGAUAAAAGCCACCAAUGAUAUGAGACAACAAUUUAUUGACGAAGCAAAAGUCAAAUAUCAAGAAGAAGGUCAACAAAUAGAAGAUGUUGAAUUGUCACAAGAGAUACUUGAUUCAAUUGAAGCUAAGACUCAAGUUAAAUUAGAUUUAGAAUAUAUUGAUAGUAUAAGUGAUCAAGGAACUUUAAUGCCAGUUAAUGUAUUACCACCACCUCGAGAAUUUGAUCCAGAAAUGUUGACUUGGAAAGGUGGAAGUGUUUAUGGACGAUUAAAAGUUGUGAAUGAAAUGUGGAUUACUCAAAAGGAUUGGGAUUUGUUAGGUAGUAGAUGUUUAUAUUAUAAAAGUAUUUGCAACUAUUAG